UCCCCAUUACCCUCGACUCUCGAGUCUCGAUAUAUCAAAUGUCUCGCCAUUAUAAAUCCAUGCCAACUCUUCUACUUUAAUCCAGUCCAAUGCCAUCCAGUUCCCAUUUCCCACCACCAUUAUGGAAGAUCAUCGCCGGCAGAAACCUAUUUCCACUGUCGAUAUGUUUACUUUUCCGGCGAUGCCACGGGACAUGGAAUCUGAGUCAGAGUUAGCCGAUCAGUUGUUCUCCAAUGGCAAACUCCUCCUUCACGCUUUCCCCGUGCAACCCACGAAUUGUAUCAUUCCAAGAUCCAUGAUUUUGAGCCGAACAAGCAGUAUCAGCAGCAAGGGUUCGUUGAUGUCUUCUCGGAGUAAUAGCACAAACAGUCGGAGUAGUAGCAGCAACAGCAGUUGCAGCAGUGCACGAACAAGUACUAGCGAAGGUUCGUUUCGGAGGAAAUUACAAACAAUCGAUCAAUCCAGAUCUGUUGCAAUCAAAACGGCAAACACCGGGACUAGAUUUCCUAAAAAGGAUUGUCAAACUCGAUAUUACUGUAAUGGUUAUGGCAAUUCUCAGAGGUGGCAGUUUAUGGCGCCGGUGCCGGUGUUGAACCGCCGGAAUUCUUUAAAGAAGAGGAAGGGUGGAAAGGGGAAGAGAGAUGGUGGCGUUAGGAAGGGUUUUUGCCGGAGGUUUUUUGGGUGGCUUGUGUCGACAUGCCAAGAGUGUCAUGCGAUUGAACCUUCUAAGAGAUUGAAAGUGAGUUUGUGAUUACCAUAAUUUCUUAUUUUUGUCAUCUUUUUCGAUGAUUAAUGGGAUUUGAUUCUAUGAUUUAUGUGUU